AUGGGCCGGGCCGGGCCGGACGCGGUGAGAGGCUCCGGUGGAUCAGGGCGGGCGGGGCGGGCGCGCUGGCUGGGGAUUCGGUGCCGGGGGGUCCAGGCCGCGGCCUCGCACCCGGGAGACAGUGACUGGGCCUGGGGUUGGCGGAGCUCGGGGAGCCGGGCCUGGGCCUGGGGUCGGGUCUGCGCCGGGUCCCGCCGCCGCCGCAACACGACCAUCAAUCUCGGAUUAAAGCUUUGGCGACUGCCUCUUGCACACGAUCAGUUCGUUGGUCCUCCAGGUUGCGGAGACGCAUGUAAUUGCGCCCGACCUUCGCAGGACCGUCUCGGCUCAACGCGACCACGAGGCCGUCGCACCCACAGCGGGGAGCAGUCCUACACCUGCGCCCAGUGCGGCAAGGGCUUCACCUACUCCAGCAGCCUGCUGAAGCACCAGCGCGCCCACACUGGGGAGCGGCCCUACACCUGUGUCCAGUGCGGCAAGGGCUUCACCUACGCAAGCAACCUGCUGAAACACCAGCGCACCCACACUGACGAGCGUCCCUACAUCUGCGCCCAGUGCGGCAAGGGCUUCAACCGCUCCAGCAGCCUGCUGGAGCACCAGCGCCUCCACACUGGCGAGCGCCCCUACACCUGCACCAAGUGCGGCAAGGGCUUCACCCAAUACGGCCAACUGCUAAUGCACAAGCGCACCCACACCGGCGAGCGCCCCUACACCUGCGCCCAGUGCGGCAAGGGCUUCACCCACUCCAGCAACCUGCUGGUGCACCAGCACUUCCACACCGGGGAGUGGCCCUACACUUGUGCCCAGUGCAGCAAGGGCUUCACUCGCUCCACCAGGCUGCUGUUCCACCAGCGGGUGCACGCCGGAGACUGUUCAGUCCCCAGCCCGAAUGAACCUUAA